AGGCAGCGGCACACAGCAAACGCGCGCGAGCGGGACCGCACCAACAGCGUGAACACGGCCUUCACGGCGCUGCGCACGCUCAUCCCCACCGAGCCGGCUGACCGCAAGCUCUCCAAGAUCGAGACGUUGCGCCUGGCCUCCAGCUACAUCUCGCACCUGGGCAACGUGCUGCUGCUGGGCGAGGCCGGUGGCGAUGAGCAGCCGUGCCACGCAGGACCCGCCUUCUACCACCCGGCACGCACAGGCAGUCCCCCGCCGCCGCCCUCUCGGGACAGCGAGAACGCGCAGCCCAAGCAGAUCUGCACCUUCUGCCUCAGCAACCAGAGAAAGCUGAGCAAGGACCGGGACAGAAAGAUGGCGAUUCGGAGUUAGAGAAGCUGGCCAGCUCAAAGAUGAUUGCUGGCCAGGAGAGUCAGGACCGUCCCUGUGGACCCUUCAAAGGAGCUGAGAGUGGCUGGCAAGCUGGGCCAAGGACAGCAGGCAGCCAGUCCAGCCCAGCCCGUGAGGCUGACUGACAGACGGCAGCAGGACUCUGGGCCAGUCCUAACCCGUGCCACCUAGAACUUUCCACGCUGGCAUCCUGCCUGCCUUUCUUCUAGGUCAUGAUGUGCUUUGAUAUAAUAUAAAGUCUGGAAAUUUUGUAUAAUUAAAACCCAAACCGUAUCUUUUA